AUGCCAGCAAUUGCCGUUCGAGAUGAAAAUUCUGCAGCGAUGUCGAGUUCGUCUUCUCUUCGCCCAAUUUAUAUUGCUGGGUUUGUUGUAGUGGGUGUACUCCUGCUCGGCGUGGCUCUGUGGCUCGCCAUUAGAAGAUAUCGACGACGGGCCCAAGCAAAGAGGGAAGAAAACCUUGGAGCUGCGUUCUUAUCUGUCAAAGGUCUCGUCAGAGACGGUGAUGUCCCCACUGAAAAGGCCCCCCUUCCCGAAAACCUACAAGCCAUCCAAGGCUCUACGUUCUCUCGCGAGCAGCUCACUCCUUCUGUAGUCCUACCGGACAAAGUGUUGACAUCAAACCGUCCUGCACCAGUACAGGAGACUACUCAAGAUAUCCUUGAAUUCCACCGACAAUCGGGCAAUUUUCCGCGCCCUUUCUCCCCCAAACCCUUUGCGUUUGCGUUGACAGCUGCAGCCCCCAAUCCCCGCGGUUCUGUCAUACAAUUAAAUCGUUCAUCAAUGAUCCGAAAUUCUUUCAUGAGCACUGCUAGUACAGUCAGCCGCUUUUCAGUUAUAUCUUCCAGCUCUUCAGUUGAUUCAUCCCCCACCACUGGCACAACUCGUAAAAUUCGUCAACUGUUUAAUCCCAUCCUCCCCGAUGAACUAGUCACUACUCUCGGCGAGCGGUUAACAGUCGUACAAUCAUUCGACGACGGCUGGUGUGUCGUUGGAAGGGAGAGCACCUCGAAUUUCAAUAACGCUAAAUCUCUCUUCAAAUCUCCGAGUGCUCAAGCGGAGCCUAACGUGGAGCUUGGUGUUGUUCCUGCAUGGUGCUUCAUCAAGCCCGUCAAGGGUCUUAAGGCUGAGCGACCCGUCCGAAGCACUAGUCUUGGAAUCACUGUGCAGAUGGAGGGUCCAGCGUUCUCUUCUCGAGAAGAGAUCAUUUCUUGGUCUAAUUUCUAG